AUGAAGACUGUUAGAACCAUAUCUUUGCUUGUUUUCUUCAGCUCCAUUAAAUGUCAGACUCUUCAGAGAAGUUUACUAGAUGCAGCCAUGCAGCACUCUAAUAGCCAGAAUUAUCUAGAGGAGAACUUAAGAGCUGUCACUAGUAUUAUGGUUGCACAGUUUCUUCAGAAAUUGACUUAUGAAAAAGUACAAACCAUAGUUAAAGAAUUGCUAGAUCUUGCAGAGAAGUGCAAGAGCCUCAAGCCACAUGAAUCACCUUCAGAAUGUUGUCACCAAUUGAUGACUACCUUCCUAGAGCAUAUUUGCAAUAACCAAGGGUUGGCUGACAGACAUGUGUUUUCUGACUGUUGCAAUACAAAUAACUCAGCAAGACACAAGUGCUUCCUGUCAUACAAAAAGGAUGUUGCAGGUUACAGUGAUAUAUCCCAAAUUUCAAAUCCUGAGCAGAUCUGUGAGAUGGACAAAGAGAAUCAUGUGCCAGUGAAAGAGAAGUACAUUUAUGAAACUUCUAGGAAGCAUCCAUUCUUGUAUGGACCCACUAUUCUGACCAUGUCUGCUUGCUAUGAAACAGCUGUUCGGUCUUGUUGCCAAGAAGACAAUAAGACUGAAUGCUUCCAGAUAAAGCUAGAACCCAUCAGAAAAUACGUUAGAGAAAUAUCUUUGAGGCAUCACCACUUAUGUGAGAUUGGGAUUAAAUUCAACCACAAAGUAGCAAAAGCAGUGGAAUUGGUUCUGUUGACUAAAAAACAACCUAAAGCUAACUUUUCUGAAAUUGCCAAACUGGCCAUGGAUAUUAAAAAUCUGCAUCAGAUCUGUUGUGAAGGAAAUACAGUAGGGUGUGUGCUUGGCAGAAGCCAGCUUAUGAACUAUACCUGCUCUAAACAGGCUACACCAUCCAGCAAGAUCACUCCAUGCUGUGAACUGCCAGAACCAUUCCGAGGGGAAUGCAUUAUCAACUCAGAAAAUGACAAACCUGAUCUCUCAUCCCUGCCACUUAGCAGGUUUACAGAAGACCAGUUUGUAUGCAAACAAUUCACUGACAAACAAGAUGACUUCCUACAAGAGUUUCUUUAUGAAUAUUCAAGAAGACAUCCAGAGUUGGCAGUUCCGGUGAUUUUAAGAGUGGAUACAGUAUAUCAAAACUUACUGGGAAAAUGCUGUAAAUUAGAAAAUCCUCUGGAAUGCUAUAGUCAUGGGGAAGAGAUGUUUCAAAGAGUGGUUCGUGAAAGCCAUGAGCAUGUGAAGAAUCAGUGUGAUUUACAUGAGAAAUUAGGAGAUAGUAACUUCCAUGACAGGCUCAUAGUCCUUUAUACUAAGAAAGCCCCACAACUAUCUGCUCAGGAGUUGGUUAUAUUCACGAAGAACAUGGCGGCUGCUGCCACCACAUGUUGCCCACUGAAUGAUGAGCAACAGUUUGUUUGCAUGGAGAACUCGGCAAAGCUAAUUCUUGGAGCUUUAUGCAGAAGACACGAGGCAGAGCCUAUCAAUGCUGGUGUGGGUCACUGCUGUGAUGACUCGUAUGCCUUCAGGAAGCCUUGCUUUGAUGAUCUGCAAGUAGAUGGAACUUACAUUUCUCCACAUUUAUCCUGUGACCAAGUCGUCAACCUUAAUGAGGACUUGUGCAGAGCUCAGGAGGAGGAAUUACAAACCGAAAAGCAAAAACUUCUCAGCAACCUUGUGAAGCAGGAACCAUAUGCAGCAGAGAUGCAGUUCCGAUCAGUUAUUGUGGAUUUUGCUCACCUGGUGGAGAUGUGCUGUCAAGCAGAGAAAAGUGAAAUGUGUCUCCAAGAAGAGGGGUCCAAACUGAUCAAAAAGUGCCAGUCUCUUUUGGGAGGCUAA